AUGGGAGAAACCGUCGAUUCUAGUACGAAUGGUGCACAACACGCCAGCUCCUCUGCGAACUCGUCGGCCCUUGGCGGCGCCGGCGGCCAAGACGACCAGCCUCCUAUAGCGGAGCCCAAGCCGCCCGACAUAGUAUACAGCACCGUAGAUGAGAAGCUCGCCGCAGCUCCAGCCAUAGCAAGGCCGGCCUGCCCCCACACCGUCUCGGCGCAGGACAUCGCCGACCGCCUCGGCACCGACGCCGAAAAUGGUCUGAGUCCCGACGAGGCCGCCGCCCGGCUUGUCCGGGACGGCCCGAACGCCAUUGCAGGGGCCAAGGGGCCUUCCCUCUGGGAGCUCUUUGUCCAACAGGUCGCCAAUGCCCUGACUGUUGUUCUCAUCGCCGUCGCCGGCCUGUCGUUUGCAAUUAGCGACUACAUCGAGGCCGGCGUCGUCGUCUUUGUAAUCGUCCUGAAUAUUGUUGUUGGACUUUGGCAAGACUACAAGGCGGAGCAGACCAUUCAGUCGCUUUACGCGCUCUCCACGCCAAACUGCAAGGUCGUCCGCGGAGGCCGCGAUGAGACCAUCAAGGCGGAGACCCUGGUGAAAGGCGAUCUCGUCUCCCUUGUGACUGGCGAUGUUGUCCCCGCCGACUUGCGCCUUGUGCAAGGCAUCAACAUCUCUACCGACGAGUCUCACUUGACGGGCGAGUCCGUGGCCAUCAGCAAGAAGCCCGAUGUCGUUUUCACGGACCCCGACAUGCCCGUUGGCGACCGAACCAACCUCGCCUUCUCUGGCAGUUCUGUCACUCGCGGUCGCGCCACCGGCAUCGUCAUCGCAACCGGAAUGGAGACCGAGGUUGGCCAAAUCGCAGAGAUGCUGCGCAAGACAAAGAAGGAAAAGGACGGUAGCAACCCCGUGUUCAAGGCCUUGUAUGGCGUCUACCAGACCCUUCGUAACUUGCUUGGCUUGGAGGGCACUCCCCUGCAGGUUACGCUUAGCAAGUUUGCCCUGCUUCUCUUCGGGCUCGCCGUGCUCUUGGCCGUCAUUGUCUUCAGUGUCAGCCUUUGGCACAUCACCGACGAUAUUCUCCUAUACGGAAUAUGCGUCGGCGUCGCUGUGAUCCCCGAGUCGCUGUUGGCCGUCCUGACGGUCACGAUGGCCGUUGCCACCAGAGCCAUGGUCAAGGGGCAUGUCAUAGUGCGACAGAUGCCCUCUCUCGAGGCCGUCGGCGGCGUCACCAACAUUUGCUCGGACAAGACCGGAACUCUCACCCAGGGGCGAAUGAUCACACGCAAGGUGUGGCUGCGAGACGACCUGACCGGUUCUGUCAAGGACACCAGCGACCCCUACGACCCGGGCAGCGGAACCGUUUCGUGGUCCGGACCCCUCGCUGAUAGCAUUCUCGACGCAUUCCUCACUACUUUGACGCUGUGCAACAACGCAGCGGUCACGGACGGCAAAAAAGAGCCCGAGACAGACUCUAGUAGUGUCACGACGGCCAUGGAACCCGCGGCUUGGAAGGCGAUCGGCGAGCCCACCGAGAUUGCCCUCAAAGUGUUUGCCAUGCGGUAUGGUCGAUAUAAGACGUCAACCGACAACCUGAUCGAGGAACACCCGUUCGACUCAUCUUGCAAACUUAUGAGUGUCGUAUACGGGAGCCCUCUUGACGCCGAGCGCAAAGUCCAUACCAAGGGCGCCGUUGAGGUCAUGCUUCCAAGGCUCGACGAGAGCGACGCGCUGAAAAGAAUGAUCCACAACAAGGCCGAAGAGCUCGCCUCCCACGGGUUGCGCGUUCUCUGUAUAGCCGACAAGGUGAUGUACGGGAAUGCUGCGGACUUCGGGGACAGGGCCAAAGUCGAGUGCGACCUGCGCUUCCUCGGCCUGGCCGGUCUCUACGACCCGCCUCGCCCAGAAACGGCUGGAGCCGUGCGCCAAUGUCGAGAAGCCGGAGUCACUGUUCAUAUGGUGACGGGAGAUCACAUCAAGACGGCCACAGCCAUAGCAUACGAGGUGGGCAUCUUGUCCAGGCAUGCUCCCCUCCCGCCAAACACAGUCAUGUCCGCGGCCGACUUUGGUGCUUUAACCGACGAAGAAGUCGAUGCCCUGGACGCGCUCCCGAUCGUCAUCGCCCGAUGCAGCCCUUUGACGAAGGUUAGGGUCAUCCAAGCGCUGCAUCGCCGGGGCGCAUUUUGCAUUAUGACGGGCGAUGGAGUCAACGACUCUCCAGCACUGAAGCAGGCAGAUGUCGGCAUCGCCAUGGGAGAUCGCGGCAGUGAUGUCGCAAAGGAGGCGUCAGACAUGGUGCUGACGGACGACAACUUCGCGUCCAUUGUGACAGGCAUCAAGGAGGGUCGGCGACUUGCCGACAACAUCCAGAAAUUUCUUCUGCACCUACUUACGUCCAACCUUGCCCAGGUCAUAUUGCUGCUCAUCGGCCUCGCAUUCAAAGAUGACCACGGUGUUCCUGUGUUUCCCUUGUCGCCGUUGGAAAUUCUUUGGGCCAACCUCGUCACUUCGUCUCCCCUUGCGCUUGGUCUUGGUCUCGAAGAGGCUCAGCUGGAUAUCCUUCAGCGACAGCCUCGGCCAUUGAGAUCUGGCGUGUUCACUCUAGAGCUGGUGCGCGACCAGCUCAUGUACGGAACCUUUAUGGGAUCGUUGUGUCUUGCUGCCUUUAUGCUUGUCGCCUAUGCGGCUGGAGGCCAAGGAUUCCACGCCUUACCACAUGGCUGCAACGACGGCACAGAAGUUGGAGUUUGCCACAAUGUGUAUCGCGCUCGUGCUACAACGUUUGCGACGCUGAGCUUCCUUCUAUUGGUCACGGCCUGGGAAGUCAAGCACUUUCGACGAAGCCUCUUUGCUAUGGACGAGCGGUGGUCGGGUCCGUUUUCGAUCUUCAAGACUGUGUACCACAACCGCGUCCUGUUCUGGGCCGUUGCCGGCGGGUUUGUUCUCACGUUCCCUCUCGUUUACAUCCCCGGCUUGAAUACGAUCGUAUUCAAGCACCAGGCAAUCUCGUGGGAAUGGGGUGUGGUAUUCGGCUGCGUCGCGGUAUACGUUGCCCUCAUUGAGGCGUGGAAGGCAGUCAAGAGGAGCCUGGGACUAGGCGAGGACUGGCGCUGGGUAAGAAAGGGCACAGACAACGUUUAG